UCAGACCAUCUCAAAAGGGGAGAAAGAUGACUAUGACAGCUCACCAAUACCCUUCUUGGAUCUUCAUCAAUGAAAGGACGUUCAUAACCAGGGAACAACUUAAUUCUUUAUUGAAGACCUAUAACAAUUUUUAUGAGAACCAGAAACAUCUGCAUAUUUUAUAUGGACAGACUGAAGAUGGCAAACUAAUUGUUGAAGGAAUGCUGGACAUUUCCUGGGGAGUAAAACGACCUAUACAGCUGAAAAUACAAGAUGAGAAAAUACAAAUCCCUUCUUUUAGUAUGUUGAAGUCACCAGACAUAUUUUCCAGCAAAGGAAUGACACGCUGGGGGGAAUUUGAUGAUCUUUAUCGUAUCAGUGAACUGGACAAGACACAGAUUAUAGUGUAUGAAACAAGGAAUUCCCAGGAAGACUAUUUAUCUUAUCACAGCAGCACUUUGAAGCCACGUGCAGAUGAAGAUCAGGAAUCUCCGUUGCUCUAUAGAACCAUGAGUGAAGCAACCCUGGUGAGAAAAUGGGUGAAGCCUCCAGUGAUGGACAGAAAAAGACAGAACCAUAGGGCCUCUAUUAAUGGACACUUCUAUAACCAUGAAACAUCAAUUUUCACUCCAGCCUUUGGAUCAGAAACUAAGGUCAGAGUAAACAGUAACAUGAGAACUGAAGAAGUAAUAAAGCAACUUCUCCAAAAAUUUAAGAUUGAAAAUAGUCCCCAGGAUUUUGCUCUUUACAUUAUUUUUGCAACUGGAGAGCAGAGACGGCUAAAGAAGACAGACAUUCCACUACUGCAGAGGCUCCUACAGGGACCUUCCAAAAACAACGCUCGCAUUUUCCUCAUGGAUAAAGAUGAAGAAGAAAUCAGCAGUGAUGUGGCUCAGUACAUUAACUUUCAUUUUUCCCUUUUGGAAUCCAUUCUUCAAAGAUUAAAUGAAGAAGAGAAAAGAGAGAUUCAAAAAACAGUAACAAAAUUCAAUAUGGAAAAGGCUGUUAUACUGAAAUGUCUUCAACGUAAACAGGUAGUAAAAACAGAGACGACAGUUUAG